AUGCUACUGCAGAGCAUCGGCGCGACAGACACGAAUGACGAAGAGAUGUUUGUGAUACCAAGCAUUGAGCCAAAGGACGAUCGUCCAUGCUUUUCAUUGAACCCUAACGCGGCUCGGGUUAUCGAUGGCAUGUCUGUCCGGAGUCGAGAUGGCUUUGGGGGACGUGAAGAAGCAUUCAUUAGUGAUUUUCUUCUGUUCACAAGAGCAGUGAUGCACGAGCAAGAUCGUCACCACAAGGCACAACUGGGAAGAGGGGCUCUCGAUUUCGACUCUGAUGUUAACAUGAUUGACGCUGAUGAGUACGCAUUCGCAAUCGACGAAGUUGAUGUGGAAGAGCAAGAAGCACUUCUCGCACAGUUCAAGAAGAAUACGGAGCAUAACGAACAGAAGCCUUGA